AUACAACAUACAUUCACAUGUCUGUUGUUGAUGUGCAUUAACGUACAAGUGCUAAACUUAAGUGCAUUAAAUACUGGAUACUAAAGAUGCCACAAGAUUCGACUCAAGAUGUGCUAGCUAUUAGAGAAUGGAUGUCAAAAGAAUCUCACUUACCCAAUAAUUUAGAUGAUGAGAUUAUAAAAAAAUUCCUGCACAGCUGUUACUGGAGCUUAGAGAAAACUAAAAAAUGCUUAGACCGAUUUUUCAUCGGCCGAAGUACAAUGAAUGAAAUUUACUCAUCGAGGGAUCCUUUGUCACCUAAAUUGCAGGCCAUGUUUUCUGUAACGGUUGUUGCAAGCUACGAAUUUGAGAAGGACGAGAUAAUGAUUCACAAAUAUGAUGACCCAACCGUUGAACAAUUUAACUUCUAUGACAUUUUGAAAACGUUGACAAUGGAAGCUGACCAAUGGAUCAAGAAACAGCAGUUUAUGGCGGAGGGACAUUAUAUAAUCGUCGAUAUGUCAUGUUAUUCUCUAAAGAUGAUACCGAAAAUUAACAUAAUGUUCUUCAGAGAUUUUCUACUAUUUCUACUGGAAGGCAUGCCAGUAAGGUUGAAGAAAGUUUUUGCCAUCAAUGCUCCUUCUUUCUACGACAAGAUGUACGCCCUCAUCAAACCUGCUUUACCAGCUGAGAUUUGUGACGUGAUAUAUUUCUUCUCUGACUACCAAAGCUUAUACAAAUUCAUAGAUAAAAAAUACUUGCCCUCUGAAUAUGGCGGCGAGGCACAAAGUAUGUACGAACAAAAUAAAAUGUGGCUGAGAUACAUAGAAGAUGACAGACUUUUUUACCUCAACGAAAACAUAUGGAAAGCCGAUAUGACCAAGAAGUUGAAAAAUAGUAACGCAGACGUAACAAUGAAUGGCUCCUUUAGGAAACUAUCCAUAGACUAAUAAAAAACUGGGAAUAAACUUGUAACAGAAAUUGUAUUGCUUAGACGUGGUUAUGUAUAUAUUUUAUGUUAACAUAUUUUAAGUCAUUACAUAUUUAUGCAAAUAUUGCGGGAAACCAGGCCAAUCAAUCCAACCAACAGAAGAAUUUUCAAGGAGAAUUUUCUUCAAGAAGGCAGUCGGUCUACGAAUUCUGUUUUUUUUUUUC